AUGGGCCAUUUCAGUUGCUCUCCUGAUGUGGUUACCUUCACUUCCUUGAUUGAUGGUUAUUGUCGAAGUGGACAAGUGAACUUGGGUUUGAAGCUUUGGGAUGUGAUGAGAGAUAUAAAUAUGAUACCCAAUGCUUACACAUUGUCCAUUCCUAUUAAUGCUCUUUGCAAAGAGAAUAGACAUCAUGAGGCUCGUGGGUUUUUGAAUGAGCUGAAUUCUUAUAACAUCGUAGCACACCCAUUCAUUUAUAAUCCGGUUAUUGAUGGGUUUUGUAAGGUGGGAAAUUUGGGAUAA